CGGCAGCAGCAGUAUCUGCCUGUCAGACCUUCCGGUAUUGUUAUGACCGAGUCGGUGUUCCAUGAGCGGCAGCGGCUGGAGCUGUGCGCUGUCCAUGCCCUCAAUAACCUUCUGCAGAAACCGGAGUUCAGUCACCAGAGGGCUGAGGAGAUCUGCCGGGGACUCGCUCCAAACUCUAUGAUUAACCCUCACCGCAGUCUUCUGGGUACCGGCAAUUACGAUGUCAACGUCAUUAUGGCAGCUCUUCAAACUAUGGACUAUGCAGCGGUUUGGUGGGACAAACGGAGAUCCCUGGAGAGUCUGGUUCUAAGUGAGAUCUUUGGCUUCAUCCUUAAUAUUCCAUCUCCUGUUUCUCUGGGAUUCCUCUCCCUGCCCAUCACACGCAAACACUGGAUCGCUGUGCGACAGAUCGAAGGUGUUUACUACAACUUGGACUCCAAGCUGAAAGCACCAGUCAAACUUGGUGGCCCAAAGGAGUUAAAGGAGUUUCUGCAUGGCUGCAUCUCAAGAGGCUCCUGUGAGAUCCUGCUGGUGGUCCGGAGGGACGUGGAGGAUGCCCGGCUGUGGAUAAGCACAGAGGAGCAGGCAGGGACAUGAGCACUGAGCUCGCAGAGCUUCCCACGUUUAUAAUGCUGCCUGCCUCCUCUCUCAGCUGGGCUGAGCUGCUCUCCCAAAGACUUUAAUUUAUCACCCUGUAACCUGAAGACUGUUCCCAUAGUAUUUAUUUAUGUCAGUUUGCUCUCCUGCCGACGCAGGGCUGACUUUCUAACCACAAGUAUUAUUGUGGGGGAUUAUAAAAAGUUCUAUAAAUGUCACCUGACUUUAUGCAACAUGCAUCUGAUUUUUUACUCUAAUAUGCACAUCUGCUGAUGCCUUAAUUGUCAUUUUCUUUAUACUCGGUGCUCAAAGGAAUAUAUAUUUCCAUGCACACUGAAAAUGUUUUAUUUCUAAUUCGAUUAAAUGUUUUUUAAAUUA